AUGGAGCGAAAAGUAGGCACUGUGACAGUCUUAAAAAAGGAGGACAUGCACUCGGUGCAGCAGGAAAACAUUAAAGCAUCGAUAUUCCUGUCCAACUUAAUCAAAAGUUGCAUAGGACCUAGGUCGAUGAUAAAGAUGAUACUCACAAGAAUAGGCACCAUAGAGCUGACGAAUGACGGAAACAGCAUACUCCGAGAGAUUGAAGUGACGCACCCUGUCAUCAAAUCGCUCAUUGAGCUGUCCAGAACCCAGAACGAAGAGGUUGGCGAUGGCACCACCUCUGUUGUCAUUCUAUCUGCAGAGAUACUCAAGAACAUGAGUGAGCUCUUGAAAAGUGGACACCAUCCCGUCUAUCUGUGCAAUGCUCUGAAGAAAAUACUGGACAUUCUGCUGAACAGGAUAAAGAAGUACUCUAUCGACAUUAAGUCCAAGGAAGGGCUCUUCAAAGAAGUGGUCAAAAGCGGGCUGAACACGAAGAUGUCUCGAUACAUCAUAGAUCUCGAAGACAUAGCUCUAAGGGCAGUGGCCAUGGUGCGCGGCAAGACAAUAGACAUAAAGAACAUACGAGUAGAGAAAGUGCCGGGCGGUAAGAUAGAGGAGACUACCGUAUUCGACGGAAUAAUAGUGCAGAAGAGCCUGCUAGACUACUCAAUGCGAAAAAAAAUAGAAAAUGCCAAAAUUCUGCUAAUCGACUUCCCCCUGGAGUACAGAAAAGGAGAGAACCAAAUGAGCAUUGAGAUGCACACGGGAGAAGCGUUCACACGGGCCCUGGAGGUGGAGGAAGAGCAGAUUGAAAAGAUGGUUGGCCUGCUCGCCAAAUGCUCUCCAGAUAUGGUAGUUUCCGAAAAAGGAAUAUCUGACUAUGCAAUUUCGCUGUUCAAGAAGCACGGAAUAUCAGCCAUCAGAAGAAUUAAAAAGUCUGAAAACCAAAGAAUAGCACUGGCCACAGGGGCGCAGAUAGUCUCCCGGGCUGAGGAUGCAACAGCGCAGGCCCUGGGAGUAGCUGGACUCUUUGAGGUGAGCAGAAUAGGAGAUGAAGAGUAUUGCAAAUUUAUCAAGUGCAAAGACCCAAAGGCAUGCACCAUUCUGCUAAGGGGGCAAUCCCGAGAUAUUUUGAACGAGCUAGAGCGCAACUUGCAGGAUGCCUUGGCCAUCACCAGGAAUGCGUACAACUCCAGCGCAGUGGUUCUGGGCGCAGGAUGCAUUGAAAUGGCGCUGGCCCACGAGCUGGAAAGUGUGCAGGGUCUUAGCGAUAAAGAGAAGAGCGUGUUUACAGCUGUGAUUGAAGCUCUGCAGUCUAUCCCUGCAGCACUUAUCUCGAACAGCGGGAAUACCAAGCCUCUUGUCAAGCUGCUGGAGCUGAAGGCAUGGCACAGCAAGAAAAAGAAUAACUACGGUGUUGACGGAAACACGGGGGAGAUAGUUGUAUCAGAGGUGUACGAGUCCAUCCUGGUGAAGGAGCAGAGUCUAAAGUCCGCAAUUGAAGGGGCAAUUAUCAUACUAAGAGUUGAUGGAAUUGUAAAACAAGAGUAA